GUGCAGUGAGUUUUGCUAUGCAUGGCGAGGUCUAGAGGUUGUUUUGCAACUCGCUCAGGAACUACUAUUCUACUUCGAGUAGAGCCUGCCGCUGCACGGUAAUGCACGCCAUGGCUGCUCUUAGACUCACAUCGUCCGCGGCGUUUCGCGUCUCAACUGCGAGUUCCGCUUCUCAGCAGCACCUUGGUUUAUCGACGCUCGGUUUCUCUUCUAGCCGAGCCGCGCGCGUUCCAUUAGCUCCCGAAUCCGUCGCCGCUGGCCGUUUCCCGCGCACCGUUGGUGCCCCGCCGUCAUUUUUCAUCAACGAAGCUGGUUUGCGAUCGUUUAGCGAAAAAAAUUCUCGGUCCAUUAGCGAAGCUGGUUUGCGUUUCGCCGCUCUAGCGGGUGCCGUUCCCCCGAGCCCUAUUGGGACGGCGGCCAGACACGCUAGGUCGCAUGGUGUUCCAUGUCGAUUGUUUGCGACGGUUCGCGACGGCAGUGCGACGGCGAAGGAGGUGUCGCUCGUGCAGGGAGCGUCGCGAGGCAUCGGGCUGGAGCUGGCUCGGCAGCUGCUCCAGAGGAGCGCUGAUAGCCACGUGAUCGCCACGUGUCGUGAUCCGGCUGCAGCAGCGCCGUUGCGGGAGCUGCAGAGGAGCAGUGGGGACCGGCUGACCGUUUUCCCGCUGGAUGUGACUGACGAGGCUUCCAUCGAGGGAGCAGCGAGGCAUGUAGCAGCCACAUGGGGGCACCUCAACCUCCUCAUCAACGCAUCUGGCCUCCUGCACGUGCCUGGAACCAUGAAGCCAGAGACGUCCAUGAAGGCACUCACGCCACAGGCCAUGCUGACAAGCUUCCAGGUCAACGCCAUGGGACCAGCGCUGGUGAUCAAGCACAUGGCACCGUUGUUGGCAGCAGGGGGAGGGGCGGCAGCCGGCAGGGAGGUGGCUGUAGCAGGCAGCAUCAGUGCGCGCGUGUCCUCCAUCGGGGACAACAGACUGGGAGGCUGGCACUCUUACCGCGCGUCAAAAGCUGCUCUCAACCAGCUGGUGCGCACCAUGUCCAUAGAGCUGGCAGCGAAGAAGCAGCCAGUCUCUGCCGUCCUCCUUCACCCAGGAACAGUUGAUACAGAUCUGUCCAAACCCUUCCAGACGGCCGUGCCACCCGGAAAGCUCUUCACGCGAGAGUUUGCCGCCCACAAGCUUUUGGGGGUUGUUGGCCGGAUCACUGCUGCUGAUAACGGCAAGUUCUUUGCGUGGGAUGGGCAGGAGAUUCCGUGGUAAGAGAUUGCUCCAGCAUAAUAGCAGAGCGUUUCGGAGCUGCCUAGCGAGUUCCAGAAGCUGCUGGGGGAGGUUGUUGCCAGGGACACAACUGCUAGUUAACAGCAUGAUCUUGGUGUGAGAUGGGCAGGAAAUAUGAUGGUUAAUGAUCAAAUAUGUUGUGAUGUCGAACUGGCUAGCAGCUAGCUACGUGGCAACCAGGGCUUCAGAAGUCUGGACCAGGCCCCCAAAUUGCAGACUUUUUACCGUAAUCCACCGUAUAUAACACCCGCCGAAAUAGUCACUCCAUGGGUGGUUAUUACGGGGGGAGCUUAUGAUACGGUGCAUUUUUGCCAGCACCCGUUUUGCUGACAUGCAAAUUUACAUAAUUU